AAAUCAAAUCCUCCUUCUGCCCGCACCCCCAGACUCCGGAUCCAUGGGCUGCUUCCUCGCCUGCUUCGACGGCGACGGCGGCCGGCGCCGGCGCCGCCAGAAGUCGCGGAGGCAGUCGCCGGCGAGGUCUCCGCCGCGGUCGAUCCAUGUCGCUGUGGUCCGCGAGGCGUCGGAUGUGAUGGUGAAGGAGGUGCCUCCGCCGUUGCGCGGGGCGAAGCCCUCGACGCUAGCGGCGGCCGUGGAGGUGGCCGCGGCGGAUGUGGUAGUGAAGGAGGAGGCGGCGCCGUUGCGCGGGGCGAAGCCUUCGACGCUGGCGAAGGCCAUGGAGGUCCCGGACGAGGUGGCUGGCGAGCCGCCUGCGGCGGAUGUGGCGGCGAAGCCUUCGGCUGUGGUGGCCGCGGAUGAGGCGGUCACCGACGCGAGCUCCGGCAAGGAGCUGAGGGAGUCGGUUGAGCAAAAGGAGUCACCUUUGUGCUCUUUGCUGACAGAGAAGCAAGCCACACCACCGCUCUCCCCUGUGAAAUGUUCUCCUAUUGUGGAAGCAAUUGUUUCCCCACAGGAAUCAGUGGAUUGUUCGCCUGUUGUGGCAGCAGUUGUUUCCACUCCUGAUUCAGACCUCAGGGAGGUGAGUGAACAUGGCAGUCGGAGCAGUGGCAAGAAGAAAGUAACAUUCGACAUGAAUGUCACAAUAUAUGAAAAUGCAGUCUUGCCUGAUCAAGAGGAGGAACCACCAGAGGAAGAUGAAAAACAUGUGCAGAAGGCUGUUGUGCUCCCAGGGAAUCACCGUUACCGGAAUUGCUCUGACAGCGAUGAUGAUGUUGAAGAUGAGUAUGCUGAAGAUGAUGUCUAUGGUGAUGAUAGCGAUGAAGAGGAGGAUGAUUUUAUGGACUGCAAGAUUGAUUUGGUUGAUGAGGAGGAAAUGAUAACUGAAGAUGACAAGCUUGAGUCUCACGAGUCUCUAUUCUCACUGUCAAUGUCUAACGAUCAGCAGAAUGACCAAGAAGCUAUCAGUCCUGCACCCAAGAGCAGUGGUACCUCUGUAGAUGCAGAAAGCCCUCUAAUUACAAGAAACAAUCUCCGUGAUAGAAGCCAGUGUGUUCAUCCUUUGCUGAACCCGGUUCAGGAUCUGUCGCAAUGGAAGGUAGUUAAGAGUCUGAAGACCCAAGCUGUAUCAGGUAAAAAGUUGGACAAAGAGAAUGUAAACCUAGUGCCAGAUGUAGGUGCAAGGCCGACAAGGAUGAAGCAUAGCAUAUCUGGUGACAAAGAAGUUUCUGUGGACGCAAGCCUCUCUACUUGGUUGAAUUCUUCUGAAAACUCAACUGUGGACAAGGCACAGAGCAAAUCUCCUUGUUCCAUCUCCUCAGUAAGCCGAGAGGAAAGACCUGUCCUGGGUGCUCUUACUGUUGAUGACAUCAAGCAAUCAUCAUCUGCAUCAACUCCACAAAGGUCUCCAAGAAGUAACCGUGAGGAGGCUCCGAUCUUGGGUACGGUCGGAAGUUACUGGCGUUGCACAGAGCAGGACAACGAGUAUUGUUCUUCUAGAUCUGACUCAGGAACUCAUGGAAUACCAAAUACAACAAGCAAGUACAGAGAGGAUAAAAGGGUGAACUGGCACUCGACUCCCUUCAAUGUGAGGCUGGAUAGAGCCAUGAAGAAAACUUCUGCAUGAACUGUUGCUGUUUAUUCAAAUCUUGGAGGGAUUGAAUCUCCAUUUAAUGCGUGGUCACAAGAAUUUCCCUGCUCUAAGCGCAGUCUUGCCCAUACACGACACUUCCUCUAUGUUUUGUCUAGUAUUUUUCAUGUGCAAAUACGAUUGCGUUGUACUACAUUGGAGUUUAGAGGUGCGUUCCUCGUUCAUGGUCGCCGGAUAUGUAAGCGCUGGAGUCUUGGGUUUGUUUGCGUCUGUAUAUUUGCAAAUGGCUGUAAGGUUUGUGGUAACAAAAUAAUAUUUUGGUCCCGGCCAUCUUUUGGUCCUCUUCGUUGUUCAU